AUGUCAGCUUCAACUUCCCUCGCCGGUUCCCCGCCUUCACUGUCCGGAAACCUCUCUCCAUCUCCACCCCGCGCAGGCGAUCCGCUCGCUUCAGGUCUACGCACGCUAUUCGAUCCGACAAUCCGACAAACGACUGAAAAACUAUGGAUAGUACAUCAAUCACAGAUCGCACUGGCCGAAGAGCUAGAACGCUUAAUUUCUCAACUAAAUCACUACCUCGAAACCACCGACCCACCACUUCUAAAACCUACAAUUGUAAAACUCGCAAGCGUGGGGAAGAGAUUAAACGCUGUUAAUACACAACUUCACGCUAUCCAAGGCCGUGUCAGCAGAUUAUUCAUCCAACUAAGUAAACAAAAAGCCAUAAAUAAUCACAAUAAUAACACAGCAUCAACGAAUUCCACAACUCCAGGGUCAAAUACAAUCAUGGGAUUAGGCGUAUCAAGUCUAACAAGUGGUAGCCCCGCAGCAGCGGCUUUGGCAGCGGCAGCGGGUGUUGGGAUACCGGGGAGUGGUGCUAGUGGAAACCGUAGUGGUGGUUGA